GGCGCAAAAAUAUAUAUAUGACUACGAAGGCGUUAAUUGGAAGGGAUAUGUUAGAUAAAAAAAGUCAAAACAAUAAAUAUGUUUAUCGUCGUGUAUCCUAGUAUUUCCGUACGUACGUACAACACUCGUACGACUUUGUUUACAGUCGAUAAUCCUUUAAAUAUAAGCGCCUCUCCGAGCGCAAUUCGCUCACAGUAACCCAACAAGAUUAGAUCCAUACGCAACGUAUAUACCAGUGAUUAUUGCAACUGUUAUUUUCCUUUUUCAUCGGACUGCUUAACAAGUGUUUGCAAACGUGCGGAAUAUAUACGAAGCCCGCUCGGGCAUUUUUAUGAACAUCCGACAAGUUCCUUUGUAAAUGAAUGUACUUAGCAACAGGAAAAGUUCGCUGAUUCAAAUUGUGCUGUAGAUAACCAGUGAGAACAGACGUUAACGUCAUAAAUAAUAAUAAUAUAUUGGAGAUAUUCCAACGCGGAUCUCACAUUUUAAAUUUGCAAGUGAGCGAAGUGAGGAAGUAUGUCGUUCAGUAAAGGCAUUCGACACUACAGGAGGUGUGUAAUCACCACUACUCCUGCAAGAACUUUUACUGGCAGUUCUAAUGCUGUGGAGCCACAACCAAAGAUGACUUCUAGAACAAUGUCAGUGAUGCAAUGGAAACUUUUGACCAAUAUUAAAGAGUACCUGGCGAAAAUAUCCCCAGAUAAGACUUUCCAGAACAUCAUCAGUAAAGAGUUUGCUCAGAUACUGCAGAAGGUACAGCCAAAUGUGUAUGGCAGAAAUAUCAUUCGAUUUGAGUCAACAACACUUGUGCCAACCAUUGACAAUAAGAACAGUGCCUCAGAAAUGGUAGGAAAUGUUAUCAAUGGAAUCAAAAUGAAGAUGUCCAAUAGUAAUGAAGAGCCACAGGUGCCAAAAGAAGUUGUUCCUAGGUGGAAGAAUGAAGUUCCAUCAAUAACAAAGAACAGUAUCAUGUCGCGGACGAGGCAUGUUAUAGACUCCAUUGUAAACGCGGAAACUGAGGAAUCACGCCUGAAGCGUAUCGAAGAACUUUCUUUUCACAUUCACCAAUAUCCUGAAGCUAAAAACGCAGCUGUCAAAGAAGGUGCUAUAAGAUUGUUGCUAAGAAUUAGGGGUCAGACGCAAAAUCCAAUUGUGAUUGGCGCAAUCAAUGAAGUAUUUGCGUUGCUUGGACAUUGUGACCCUCUACCUGGUAGAGGUAUUAGAAUCCUGUCUAUUGAUGGCGGUGGUAUCCGUGGUAUACUAGUAAUACAGAUGUUAAAGAAGUUAGAGGAAUUGACUGGUAAAAGGGUUUACGAAAUGUUCGAUUACGUAUGUGGCGUCAGUACUGGGGCUAUACUUGCAUGUUCGUUAGGUGCAAUGCAAAGAACGUGCGAUCAAUUGCAUAAGGAUUAUUUGGAUAUCAGUACGAAGAUAUUUACACAAUCUACAAUUAAAGGCACCAGCAGUUUAGUUUGGAGCCAUUCGUAUUAUGAUACUGAACUAUGGGAGAAAUUGCUGAUAGAGCAGAUGGGCGAUAUUUCUUUAAUUUCCACAACGCGCACUCCUAAUUGUCCGAAAUUAUCCACAGUAUCAGCCGUUGUAAAUCACGAACGUGUCUCAGCUUACGUCUUCAGGAACUACUCAUUACCAUACAGAGUCCAAUCUCAAUACCAGGGCGGAAAUGAUCAUAAAUUAUGGCAGGCGGCAAGAGCUUCAGCUGCAGCCCCAACGUACUUCGGGGAAUGCAAAUUGGGAAACCUCUUACAUCAAGACGGUGGUAUUUUGGUGAACAACCCAACGGCAGUUGCUAUCCAUGAAGCGAAGUUGCUAUGGCCUAACACGCCCAUUCAAUGUGUUGUGUCCUUCGGUACAGGAAGGUCUGUGCCAACUCAAAGCGAAUCCUUUAGAGAACAACCUGCAAACGUUUCUUCAUGGAAAAACAAGUUCCUGAAAAUAUUGGACAGUGCUACAGACACAGAAGGAGUUCACACCAUGCUUAGCGAUUUGCUUCCAGAAGAUGUAUAUUUUCGUUUUAAUCCGUAUUUGACUGAGAUGUUAAGCAUGUCGGAGAUUGAGCCGAAGAAGAUUGAACAAUUAGAGAGGGAUGCUCUUAUGUACCUAAGAAGAAAUGAAGAUAAAUUCCAGCGGGUGGCGAAAGCUCUGCUUGAGAAACGGUCGAUAACUCAGAAAAUUGCAGAUUUGCUGUACGAGAAGAAAGAAUUAUUAGGUUUCACUAGUAAGUUAUAAAAAGCUGAAUGAAGCCUAUUGUUUCUUUUUUGUAUAUUAAAAAUUCUCGCAUAUAUUGAUUGCAUUGUACUUAUAUAAUUUUCUUACUACUUCUAGCUUUAAGGUAAAUUACAUCAGAUCUAGAUAGAUCUACAGUGUAUUUGUAUUAUUUAUUUAUUAUAUUAUAUUUAUUGGGACCAUUUCCAUU